UAGCAAGUUAGGAAGAGAAAACGCUGGUUGCUAGCUUGGUGAUAUAUUUCAAACUCGGGAAAGUGGCAAUUAGUAAUGUUAGCCAGCACUUUCUGUUUUACAGCAUUGCUGAACACUUAGCAAUGCCCGUUCAGAGUUUGCUAGCUAGCUGGUCAUCAGGUAUUCUGGUUUUUAGCAUAACUACAGAGGAUAACAAAAGACGAAUGCGUAUGUACGCCUGAGGAUGGAACCGUGAUCUCCGGCUAUGGAUUAAGCACUGAAGGAGACCAAACCUGAACUUUUCCCAUUUGCAGUUGAACCGCCUGGCGAAUUGACCUGCCUGCCUGUUUCAGCAGUAGUUCUCCUCAAAGGACGCAACUGUGUGUAAGCAGUAGGAGGUGGACGGAGUUCUGCGAAAUGAAUGACUUUUCAACUAUUAGCAGCGACCCCUGGAUCUACGCUUCAUUGAAUGUUCAGGGUGUAGCUAGCUAGCUGGCUGGGCUACCGAGGAUUGUGCAGGGAAACGGGGAAUCUGUGAAUCCAUGCUGGGACGUGGGAAAGGGCCACCCGGAUGGGAGAUUAGCAGCAGUGAGAAGUGGCGACUGCAGCUGUGGCUGAGGAAAUCUUCGCAUUGAUUUUUUUUUGUUAAAUCAGAACACCAAGGAGUCGCUAGCUACAUGACAGACAAUGACUUCCUUCAUGGAUAUCUCAUUCAAACAAGCUUUGAAAAAACCACCUUCACUACGGACCGCAGAGGAUCUGAACACCAUCUACGUCCAUCUCUACCACAUGGAUGUUCUCGCCCACCUAAGGGAGCACCAGCUCAGGUCGAUGUGCACGUCUGCGCGCUACGAGAGAUACGACGCAAACCACGUCCUGUUCUACCCAGACAACAUCUCCACGUGCUGGUACAUCCUGCUCUCGGGGUCGGUCUUCGUGAAGGAGCACAUGUUCUUGGCGAGAUGCUGCUUUGGCAAGCAGCUGGGCGGCAGACGAGGCUGUGAAUGCAUCACUUUGGAGCCGUCGGAGAUGAUUGUGGUGGAGAACGCCAACGAGGCCGAGGAGGGCGCCCUGCUCCGGGACGCCCCCCACCGCCGAUCCCGCCGCCGAUUUCGGAAGGUCAACCCCCGGGGCGAAAGGGAGCUGAUCACGGAUGGACAGGACCCCGCCGGCGCCCUCAUGGAUUACGCCGAUAGCCAGCUUCCUGGAGACCUCAACAAAAUGCAUCUCACAGACCACCCCCACCAGCAGGUGAUGCAUGUCCCGCCCAGCCAAUCAGGAUGCAGCAUCGCCAGCGACUCUGGGAGCAGUAGUCUUUCAGACAUCUAUCAGGCCACGGAGAGCGAGAUGGGUGACGUGGACCUGUCAGGACUCCCAGAGGCGGCGGUAGACUCGGAGGAGGAGGAGGAGGAAGAUGAAGAUAUUGAAAGGGCCUCGGACCCAUUGCUGGGCAGGGACCUGGUGCGGGAGUGCUUGGAGAAGGAGCCGGCGGACAGGAACGACGACGACGUUGAGCAACUGCUGGAGUUCAUGCAUCAGCUGCCCGCCUUCGCCAACAUGACCAUGUCCGUCAGGAGGGAGCUCUGCACCGUCAUGAUCUUCGAAGUGGUGGAGCAGGCUGAGACGGUCAUUCUGCACGACGGACAGGAGCUGGAUCUGUGGUAUGUGAUCCUCAAUGGGUCUGUGGAGAUGAGCCACCCGGACGGCAGGGUGGAGACUCUGUGCAUGGGGAACAGCUUCGGGAUCUCUCCCUCUCUGCAGAAGCAGUACAUGAGUGGAGUGGUGCGGACCAAAGGAGAUGACUGCCAGUUCGUGUGCAUCGCCCAAGAGGACUACUGGCGCAUCCUGAACCAUGUGGAGAAGAACACGCACAAGGUGGAGGAGGAGGGCGAGAUCGUCAUGGUGAAGGAGCACCGGGAGCUGGACCGGAGCGGCACGCGGAAGGGUCACAUUGUCAUCAAGGGAACCCCGGAGCGGCUGAUCAUGCACCUGGUGGAGGAGCACUCCGUGGUGGACCCCACCUACAUCGAGGACUUCCUGAUGACGUACCGCACCUUCCUCUCCAGCCCUAUGGAGGUGGGCCGGAAGCUGCUGGAGUGGUUCCAGGUGGACAGCCUCAGAGACAAGGUCACGCGAGUCGUACUGCUGUGGGUGAACAAUCAUUUCAACGAUUUUGAAGGGGACCCUGCCAUGACACGCUUCCUCGAGGACUUUGAGAAGCUCCUGGAAGCCGCCAAAAUGAAGGGUCACCUGAGACUUCUGAACAUCGCCUGCGCGGCCAAGGCCAAGUGGCGGCAGGUCACCCUGCUGAAGCCGUCGCGGGAGUCCCCGCUCCACUUCACCCUGCAGGGGGGCAGCGAGAGGGGCUUCGGCAUCUUCGUGGAGUCCGUGGAGGAGGGCAGCAAGGCCGCUGAGGCUGGCCUCAAACGGGGCGACCAGAUAAUGGAGGUAAACGGGCAGAACUUCGAGAACAUUGCAUACUCCAAAGCUACCGACAUACUGCGGAACAACACCCACCUCUCCCUCACAGUGAAGACAAACAUAUUUGUUUUCAAAGAGCUACUGAGCCGGAUCGCACAGGAGAAGAAGAACGGGGGCCCCCACAUCCCCAAGAUCCAGGAGAAGAAGGGAAACCGCUACUCCAUCCCGGACCUGCCUGGCGACAUGGAGUUCCCCACUGAGAAGGCGCACAAGAAAAUGAAGGCCAACACUGUGUCCGGAGGGAGGAACAAGAUCCGGAAGAUCCUGCUGGGCACACGCUUCAGCAUCCUGCCCCCCAAGCCCUUCAGCGACGGGGGAGUGAGCCAGUCCCAGGACGACAGCAUCGUGGGCACCAAGCAGUGUCGCCACAGCGUGGCCAUCAUGCCCAUCCCCGGCGCCCUCUCCUCCAGCAGCCCCGAUCUCCUGCAGCCCGCCACCAGCGUCCUGGACUUCUCCAACCCCGCAGCCGCGGGCUUCUACUACAUUCCGGAUCAGGUGAUCCGCGUCUUCAAGGCGGACCAGCAGAGCUGCUACAUCAUCAUCAGCAAAGACACCACGGCCAAGGACGUGGUGUCCCACGUGGUCAACGAGUUCGGCCUGGUGGCCCAGCCCGAGACCUACUCACUGUGCGAGGUGUCCAUCAGCCCCGAGGGGGUCAUCAAGCAGAGGCGGCUGCCCGACCAGCUGUCCAAACUGGCCGACCGCAUCCAGCUCAACGGCAGGUAUUACCUGAAGAACAACAUGGAGACGGAGACGCUGUGCUCGGACGACGACGCCCAGGAGCUGCUGCGGGAGAGCCAGAUCGCCCUGCUGCAGCUGAGCACGGUGGAGCUGGCCGCCCAGCUCUCCAUGCGCGACUUCGAGCUCUUCCGCAACAUCGAGUCCACCGAGUACGUGGAGGACCUCUUCAAGCUCAACCCCUCCGGCGGCGGCGGCGGCGGCAGCCACCUCAAGCACUUCGAGGAGCUCAUCAACCAGGAGACCUUCUGGGUGGCCACCGAAAUCCUCAAGGAGGCCAACACCCUCAAGAGGAUGAAGACCAUCAAGCUCUUCAUCAAGAUCGCCCUCCACUGCCGCGAAUGCAAGAACUUCAACUCCAUGUUCGCCAUCAUCAGUGGGCUGAACUUGGCGCCAGUGGCUCGCCUCAGGGGAUCGUGGGAAAAGCUGCCAAGCAAAUACGAGAAACUGUUCCGGGACCUCCAGGACAUCUUCGACCCGUCCAGAAACAUGGCCAAGUACCGCAACGUGCUGAGCAGCCAGAGCAUGCAGCCUCCCAUCAUCCCGCUCUUCCCCGUGGUGAAGAAGGACCUGACGUUCCUGCACGAGGGGAACGACUCCAGCGUGGAGGGGCUGGUGAACUUCGAGAAGUUGCGGAUGAUUGCCAAGGAGAUUCGGCACGUGGUCCGAAUGACUUCAGCCAACAUGGACCCGGCCCUCAUGUUCAGACAGCGGAAGAAGAGGUGGAAAAGCCUUGGGUCCCUCAGCCAGGGCAGCACCAACUCCAACAUGCUGGACGUGCAGGGCGGGGCCCACAAGAAGCGCGUCCGCCGCAGCUCCCUGCUCAACGCCAAGAAGCUGUACGAGGACGCGCAGAUGGCGCGCAAGGUCAAGCAGUACCUGUCCAACCUGCAGGUGGAGACGGACGAGGAGAAGUUCCAGAUCAUGUCGCUCCAGUGCGAGCCCGCCUACAGCACCUUGUCCAAGAACCUGAGCGAGAGGAGGUCGACCAAGUCCGACAUGUCCCCCGUGUCCCUGCGCUCGGCGCUGCCGUCGGGGAAGUCCCACUCCCAGAACCGCAUGAGCCAGGUCCUACAGGUGCCUCCAGUGAGCCUGUACCCCCUGCGGAAGAAGAGCACCGCCAAGGACAUCGCCGCCCACAACUCCAGCUCUCCCCAGGUGGUGAAGAAGCCGGCCAGCUCGGCCGAGGACUGGACCCCGAAGAAGGCGCCGGAAGACACCUUGUCCACCGUGUCGUCCUUACACUCCAGUCCCACUGUGUCCCCUCAGGACUCGCCGCGCAAAGGAGGCAGCGUUCCCAAGUCCCAGAACUCCAGCCAGAUGAACCUCUCGGGCUCCUCGUCGUCCCUGACCAGCGAGGCCAGCACCAAGGCCGGCAGCUCCCGCAGCUACGGGAUAGGCUACACGCUCAUGCCGGCGGGGAAGUCAGACAACCUGUCGGACUCCAGCCACAGCGAGAUCUCCUCCCGCUCCAGCAUCGUCAGUAACUGCUCUGUGGACUCCAUGCCCGUGCCGGGGGUGGAGGAGCGGUGCCCGAGCAAGCCCAGCUGCCCGCCGGACACCCCCGCCCCCUCCCAUCCCGCACCCGACUGCAGCCAGCCCUGCUCCAGCUCAUCUCUGGCGAGGCCCCCGAUGGUCCGGGGCUGCGCGUUCACAUCCUCCGCCAGCAACGAGGAGCUGACGCCGGAGCACAUUGCCGUGGAGACGGCGGACAGCGGGCGGGGCAGCUGGACGUCCUGCUCCAGCAACUCCCACGACAGCUUCCAGAGCCUGCCGGCACAGCGGACCUGGGAGCUGGCCGCUUUCCGCCACAUGCAGCUGGGCGGGCCCAUCGCCGAAGUGGAGGCGGGCGCCGCCUGGCAGGACGACACCAAUUCCUCCGCCACCAAGAGGCACUCGAGGGAGGGCUCCGAGCUCAACCUAUCCCGGCAGAGCUGGGCCUCUUCCAGCUCGCUCUCGGACACCUACGAGGGCAACUACGGCACCAUCAAGCGCAAGGCCCCCGAGCACCCCUCCGGCCAGCAGGGGGAGCCCUCCGAGGUCACCCCGAGCGCGGACACCGCCUACAAAACCGUCACCUCAAGCACAGAAAAGGGACUCAUAGUGUACUGUGUAACCUCCCCCACGAAGGACGAUAGGUUCAGGGGCCCGCCCCCCACUCCUCCGGGAUACCAGGGCCUCUCUCUGGGGGACGUGCAGGAAGGAGCGGCCCGGCACCCGCACCUAAAACCGCCCGACUAUAGCGUGGCCCUGCAGAGGUCAAAGCUGCUGCAGAGCCCCGGCGGGCUGCCCCUGCCGCCCGACGCCCUAACGCAGGCGAAGAGGCUGGCGCAGGCCCCUGAGCCCAGGCUAGGCAGUGUUAACCUCCAGAGCCAAGCAGAUAGUGAGGAGGAUGAUGAGCAGGUUUCGGCUGUUUAGCUGGCCGUGUGCGGGGCAGGUGGGGCACCGGGAGGGGCGUGGGGGUCACGUAAGCUAAAGCGGUCUGCCGCUGCACCACCCCCCACCCCCUGGGACUGCCUCCCCCGUGGCCCUCAGCUUGGAGCACUCAUUCAACCCUGGACAGGGCAAUGAGCGAACAGUCAAUCAUUUUUACGUGACAUUACAUCAUUGGCUCUGUUUUUUUUUUUUUUACAUUGUUCUCACACUCAUGGAAGAGAGACUUUGGACCAGGGUGUGUUUGGAAACUGUCAGUGGUGCACUCUCCGUGCAGAAGGAAGAGCCAAGCGCUCAGCAUGGACUCAUGGGAGCUGGACCUCGGUUAAACUGAACUCCAUCACAUCCACAGCUAUAUUUUACAUCAGAAAGACCAAUUUAAUUUAUUAUAAAA